AGGUUUUCCGAAUAUUAGAUUGAAUUCAAGCGUCUAAAGAUUACGAAGAAAAUACAAAAAAAAAGUUUUACCCAUUACAAUGGAUCUACUAGGGUCUAUACUUGGGUCUAUGGAAAAACCACCAUCUGCCAGUGAUGCCGAAAAGAAAAAGAUCAAAGCUCAGAAAGAAAUGAUAGAAAAACAGCAGGAGAAAGAAAGAAAAAAACUACAGGAUUUCAGAGAGCAGAUUCAGAAAAAAAUCAACAGUUUUAUAAAGAAUGGUAGUGAGGAGAAAUUAAAGUUAGAGCCUAUGGACAAAACUCAGCGUGCUAUUGUUCAUGAAGUGGCAGAUAUAGCCAGUUUAGCAUCAUUUUCUUUUGGGAUUGAGGAACAAGAUAGAUAUGUGAUGUUAUGGAAAAAGGAAUUUGCACCAUCAGAUGAGGAGUUGUUGGCAUACAGAAGGGAGGAGGAGUGGGAUCCUGAAAAAGCCAAACAAAUUGCUCAACUCAAGGCACAGGAAGAGCAGGAGUCUAGUUAUAUAAAUAAGAGAAAGGUGAUACAACCAAACACCAACUACAAGGAUAAAUAUAAACAUCUGAUAGGUGACACUGCUGCUAAAGAUGCUGCCCAGUCCACAUUCACUAACAGAUCUUAUGGCUUUGUUUCAAGUGAAAAUAAAAGAGACCAGAGAACUAUAGAACAAGUGCUAGCAGAAACGAGGGCAAAGAAAAAAUUAAAAACUGAUCACAGUGUCACACAGUCUGGAUUGACAGAUGGAAGUGAUAACCAGUCUGUAACAAAUAGUGAAACACAAGUAAACCAGUCUGCUGAGGAUGUAACAAAUGAUAAAAUCAGAUACUCGACACAGUCUUGAUAUUUAAUGUUUGAUUAUAGUUUUAAUUCAAAGAGUGCUUAGGAUUCUUGUUUGUAUUAUUUAAAAAGACAGUGAAGUUAAUCAAACAGAAUCUGUAUAGGUUUUAUAAAAGACGCAGUUUGUGUGAUACAUUAAGUAUGUUUCUUGUUUUGGCACACUUAUUUUGUAAUAGUUAUUUACAAUUAUUUUUUUAAUCUUCUCUACACAAUUGUGUGUAGAUUCCUGUGUCAUGUUUUUUAUUUGAUCUAAAAAUCAUGAUUAUAAAAAAAGUCAUGUAUGCAUAACUUAGUAUUUUGUAAAUUAUAAUCAUGAAAUCAAGCAUCAAUGCACACUAAAAGUUUUUACAACAAAAUAUCCUUUUCAACUUUUAAGGUUGAUUACAUUUGCUUAAUUAC